UAUUGGUCUUCGUCCAAGCCAGAGAAGCUCCCAUUUCUUCCCGUUUGUCGAUUCGAUGUCGCUCUGUGUCCGCGGUCUUGUCUCGUCCCGAGUGUGUCCGAGCAAAAUGUGUAUUUGGUGUGUCAAAAGUGCUUAAAAACGGUGCAAAGUGCUCGAAAUCGGUUCCCCCCUGGGCCGUCCUUGGAAAGGUAGAGUCGGCGGUGUAGGAAGAAACCAUCAUCAUCACAACGACGACGACGACCACCGUCAUCAUCCCCUUGGCGGUACAAAUACACACGGGCUGGAGGUUCUUCAACGCGCGAGUGGGUCUACGCGGUAUGAGCCGUGAAGAAGAGUACAGUGCGGCCGCUAUUACCGGAACGUUACCGUCGCCGGUGUGAGUGCCGUCCACUCGCGUGCGUUUUUUUUUCGAGGUGGUAUUGGUGCAAUCGGGGCCACUAGUUUGCCGGUGUAGUAGUUAGCAAAUCAUUGGCGGGUGUAAGAGAAGCCCCCUGGGUGGAAAGAAGAAGGGAAGAACGACAUUCACCGACGCGCUCGCGUGUUUGUUCGUGUUGGUGGCAGCGCUGUGAUACAGAAGGGUGUGUGCGUGAGCAUUCGUUAUGUGGUGAAGCUGGUUUUUGAUGAAGUGAGGCUUCAUUUAGUGGAUAAGCAGUAGCAGAGCUUAACGCAUCGCAUCGCGCGUACGGAACGUAUUGAACCUCCUCGGAGAGAAGAAUUUGGGAAUUGGUGUCCAGGUUCUUCGGUCGGAGCCGGAGUUCCGUGGUGUGAACCCGUGGUGGUUCGGAAUACAAUCUACGGUUUCGGGAUAGCAAUCGCGUAUUGCGGAUGACAUGAGCAGCAAGUGACCGCGACCGAGAAGAUCCAAUCUGCACGGUGUGUGAGCAGCACCACAUUAGUAAAACAAACAAAUAAUACUAGUUUUAGUAAUGAUUACUAAAAAGUGAGCUGAUAAGUGGGCAAAUAUGUAACCGGUCGCCGGACUUGAAGUAAACAAACAACCAACAGUGCACAGUGACAAACUCCUGUACCCACAGGUCACACGCAGUCCGGAUCCGGGCUGUCAAAUUGAAACGUCAACAAGAGCAGAAAAAAACACACACUUAAAGGAAAAAAACCAACAAAUUGUCGAAGAAAAUCAGCUCCCACAGUGAGCGCUUGUGUGUGUGAGAGCGUGGGAGCAAGUGCGUAAAAUUGGUGUGCGUAUUUGUACCAGUGCAGAAGGGCAGGUGCGCGCACUUCACCUUAAAACGCGGGUGUAAACAAGUUGAUACUAGAGUGUAACGUUUAAGAGGAAGAUAUUUAAAAAUUAAGUGUUAUCAAAAUGUACGCUAAAGGAAAGGGGGCAGCGGUGCCGUCGGAUGCACAAGCUAGAGAAAAAAUUGCACUUUAUGUAUAUGAAUAUUUAUUACACGUAGGGGCAUCAAAAGCAGCACAAACAUUCUUAUCGGAGAUACGGUGGGAGAAGAAUAUCACACUAGGCGAACCACCGGGCUUCCUGCACUCGUGGUGGUGCGUAUUCUGGGAUCUCUACUGCGCGGCACCGGAACGACGGGACACCUGCGAGCAUUCAUCCGAGGCCAAAGCAUUUCAUGAUUACCCCAACUCCGCUACUAUUCCGCAGGGUUUCGUGAGUUCAGGCUACGGAGUGAACGGAAUAGCACACAAUGCCGGCCCGGCGCCCAGCCCGCUCGGACAGUUACCACCAAACGAGGGCAUGCCCGGCGGCCCGAUGGCACCCUCCGGCUUCUUCCCGAACUCCUCCAUUAGGCCAUCACAACCCUCACACCCUAGCAGUGGGCAGUCCCCACACCCACAACCACCAAACUCGCAUGGACAGAUGAUGAGCGGACAGCCAUUCAUGGGAGGUCCCCGGUAUCCGCCCGGUCCCCGGCCCGGAGUCCGAAUGCCGCAAGGAAUUGGAAACGAUUUCAAUGGUCCCCCCGGACAACCAAUGAUGCCAAAUAGUAUGGAUCCCACGCGGCAAGGUGAAGCCGGAGACUUUGUAGCAUGGCAAGGCCCUCCAGGUAUGGGUCCGAUGAAUCCUAGAAUGAAUCCACCUCGCGGCCCCGGCAUGGGCCCCAUGGGCGCCGGCACGUACGGCCCCGGAAUGCGUGGCCCCCCGCCCAACAGCAACCUUGGCCCCGGCGGAAUGCCCCCGAUGGGCAUGGGCGGCGGACGGCCCCAGUGGCAACCGAACACGUCAUCGCCCAUGAACUAUUCAUCCUCGUCACCUGGCAACUACGGCGGCCCGCCGGGACCGAGCGGACCACCCGGCCCCGGAACGCCCAUCAUGCCAUCACCUCAAGAUUCAUCCAACUCCGGCGGCGAGAACAUGUACACACCAAUGAAGCCCGAAUUCCCAAUGGUGGGCGGCUCAGACGGGGGUGGCCCGAUGGGUGGCCCCAUGGGCCCCAACUCGAUGGGCGGACCGGUACUUAACAACGACGGCCUCGACGGCAUGAAGAACAGCCCGGCGAACGGACCCGGCACGCCCCGGGAGGACUCGGGCAGCGGCAUGGGCGACUACAACCUCGGCGGCUUCGGCGGACCCGGCGAGAACGAUCAGACCGAGUCGGCCGCUAUACUCAAGAUCAAGGAAAGCAUGCAGGAAGAGGCGAAACGCUUCGAGAAAGAUUCCGACCAGCCCGACUACUACAUGCAAUAACAUCCUCCUCCUAGCGUUUCUACCACUGCUAUGACUAGUACUACUACUACUACUGCAACAACAACCGCAACAACAACAACAGCAACCGAUAGCGUUAAUUCAGCCUCUAUUAGUACUUCUACCAAAAACAGCAGCAGCUACUGAAUUUUCCUAAUCGCUAUUGUUUACCAAAAAACAAACAAACAAACACAGAAACACACACCUAAACACAACUACACGAAUUAAAGGAAUCACAAACACCCCACUUGAACUCCCUUUCUACACACACGCACACACAUGCGCAGUUUCUCACCUCCAAAAACUCUCUCAACGUUGAGUGCCCUCUCCCAAUAUCCCACUCUUCUUGCAAAUAAAAAGUUACAGAGCGUUUCCAAGAAACGCCAAAAUUUGAAAUGAUAAUCAUUUUUCUCUGAAAAUAAACAGUAUCAAUUGCAACCAAAAAAAAGCAAAAGACCUCCCCCCUCAAUCCCACUUCCUAUUUUAUUCUCUUUUUUCGUUAAUUUUAAUUCCCCUCGCAAUCACGAGAUCGAGCGUCAUCUCGGUUUAGAUUUGUUUUUUCUCUACACCCAAAAGCGUGAGAGAAAACACAGAAAGAAAAGAUAUAAUGUGAACAUUGAUGCAAACAAAAUGAGGAUAAAAAAACAAACACACACACACCUUGUAGGAUAAUUUUACCAAUACCAUUAAAGAACCAGAGAAUGAGAGAAUGGAAGAGAAAAUCGGAGCAGAAUUUUGAACUUUGAGAACUUGAGAAUCACACACUUACAUACACACACGCAAAAAAAA